UAUAAUCACUCAACUCAUUUAUUACUAAUUAAGCAUCCUAUCUCUCUCACUCUCUGACAUCUCUCUCUUUAAACAUCUCUCUGUAAUGCUCCUUAACGAGUGUCGGCGGUCAACAGUUGAGUCUGGCGCUAUCACUCUAGCCGGAGGUAGGUACGGGCCGAUAUCAGUCGUAGGUAAAGGCGGUGGCAGCAACAUUCUGGCGACCUAUUUCUCCACCAACUUGCUGGAAUCCGAUGAAAAGAUCAUGAAAACAUCCUCACUUCAUCCUCUCAUAGGAUCAGACGUCAAGAAUUUCGGAAAAUUCAGGUCUUACGCAGGGGUCUUGCUGCCUCCAUUUCUCGAGCAAUUCUACCAGCGCUGGAUGAGUGUUCAUGGGAAUUGUUGGCCUUAGACCCUAUAGUUUUUUGUUAACAUAUAAAUUCAACUAAUGUGCAUUGAUAUUUAUUGAUUGUUAUGAAGUGUACUAUAUGUAGUUUUCUUUUGAAAGUAAAAAAGUACUGUUUUUUACUGCUUAAAUUUUCUACAGAUUUUGACAACCUCAAUGUCCCUGUGCAACCAUAUAUAGUGCACGAGUUAUCAAGUACAGGUAAGGUUUGUAUACACUCUACGACCCUCCCAGACCCUUCUUUACCAGACCACUAGGUAUGUUGUUGUUGUUGAGUUAUCAAGUAGAAUAGUUGAAAAUUGAAGAGGGUGAGAUAUGUUUGUAGAUUGAGAAAUAUAUACCUUCUGGACAACAGUGAUUUCAGCUUGUAAUGGGGCCAAGAACUCGUAAGGAAGAUGAUAUGUUAACAUCGACAAAAACGAUUAUUGACACUGAAAAUUUAUAAAUCCAAGAAAAUGCUGAUGAGGAAACAAAAAUGACAUAAAUUAGUUAGAGUACUAGGUUACAGGGUGAAAUAAUGAUCUUAGGCAACAUGAAAAUGCUAGUAAGAUACACAUGAAAGUAUUUUCCACAAAUAUAUAUCAGUGUUCUUUAUCUUCCCUAUGAAUUUAUGAAUGAUUGAGAUGGAAAAAUCAAGACAUAACAUUAUCUUUCCUGUUAACAGCUCCCACAGUACAAUUCCAAAACUGAAAACACCGGCUUUUCGAUCAUAGGGUCUAUGUCCAAUAAACUUUUAAAUUAUUAUCAAACAAAAGAAAUAGAAGUCAGGACUCAGGAGGUGUGAACUCCUUGAGACUAAUGUU